GAAAUUGUCAAAAUGUGUUUCGAUUUAAGUGAAGGUGAAAACGUCAUCGGCUACGUCCAAUCCGGAACGCAGCGCGUCGCUGCUUUCGGCAUUCGCUUCCACUCGGACGCAUAUCCAUUCAAUACGAAGCGGCAAUGGCAGCACUGAGGACGGCACUCCAUAGACGGCUCAGUCGACCCUUCCCCCUGACCUUGGGGCCCUUGCGUUGGGCCAGCUCCUCUUUCAAGGCGUCAGAACUGACGAUCGAGCGCAGUGGAGUGAUAAGGCCCAAACCCGACCCUUCCACGCUUGUGUUUGGGAAGCAGUUCUCCGACCACAUGCUGACCAUCAACUGGUCAGAGAAAGGGGGCUGGGAGCCGCCCCAGAUAAAACCUUUCCAAAAUCUCUCCCUGCACCCCGCCUCCUCUGCUCUGCACUACUCCAUAGAGCUCUUUGAAGGGAUGAAGGCCUUCCGGGGAGUGGACAACCACAUCCGCCUCUUCAGGCCCAUGCUGAACAUGCAGAGAAUGUUCCGGAGUGCGGAGCGGAGCUGCCUGCCCCUCUUUGAUAAGGCGGAGAUGCUGGAGUGCAUCCGGAAGCUGGUGGAGCUGGAUCAGGAGUGGGUCCCGUACUCCACCGACGCCAGCCUCUACAUCCGACCCACCUUCAUCGGCACUGAGCCUUCCCUGGGGGUGACACGGGCCGGCCACGCCCUGCUCUACGUGAUCUUGGGCCCCGUGGGGCCCUACUUCGCCACGGGGGCCUUCAACCCCGUGUCCCUGCUGGCGGACCCCAGCUUCGUCCGGGCCUGGAGGGGGGGCGUCGGGGAGUACAAGAUGGGGGGGAACUAUGGGCCGACGAUCGCGGUGCAAAGCGAGGCGGUGAAGCAGGGCUGCCAGCAGGUGCUGUGGCUGUACGGAGACCGCGAGGAGAUCACCGAGGUGGGCACCAUGAACCUCUUCAUCUACUGGACCACCAAGAAAGGAGAGAAAGAGUUGAUCACUCCACCUCUGGACGGAAUUAUACUCCCGGGAGUCACCAGGCAAUCUCUGCUGGAUUUGGCCCGAGAAUGGGGCGAGUUUAAAGUGACGGAGCGCACCCUGGACAUGAAGGAGCUGCUGCAGGCUUUGGACGCUGGCCGGGUUCUGGAGGUGUUCGGGUCUGGAACCGCCUGCGUCGUCUGCCCCGUCGGCAGCCUGCUCUACAAAGGAAAGACCUAUGAAAUUCCGACCAUGAAGAACGGUCCAGACCUGGCCAAACGAUUCUACCAGGUGCUCACGGACAUUCAGUACGGAAGGACGAAGUCUGACUGGGCGCCGUUGGUGAUUUAGCUGAUCUGUCUGUGAAGGUCACCUGUCAGUCAAGGCCAGCUUCACUAAUCACUACAAAGGAUUGGAACUUCUGGACUCCCAGCUCCGCCCACCACUGCACUUUCACUGAUUGGCUGAGUGGCUGAGAUGGGCGGGUUCUGUGUGUCUUGGAGGCAGUUGGACUGCAACUGCCGUCCGUUUCAUUCUCCUCGUUAACUUUAAAAAGGGAUAGGUGUUAGCAAGUCUCCACGCCUGCUCUCUGUGCACUGGGGAAAUAGGUUUCCGUUUCAGUGUAAAUAUGUAUUUUUUCUGAACUGUACAGCGCAAAUCAUUUCUUAUUCACUCAUUACUCCAUGAAAUAACAGGACAGGACGCUGUCUCUACGCUAUAGGAAAGCACUAAAGUGCAACUAAAACAGACAAACAAAACGUUAAUGUGAAAUUGCACAAUGAGUGCAUUUAUGCAGCAAUGGUAGUACUGUAUUACACUGGUGUUACACAAACAGCUGUAUUUUCCCCUUAAAUUUACAUUUUUAACAAGAACCCAUAUGCAGUUUAAUUUUUUAAAAAGUAUAUAUACAAAGGACAGACAGAAGUGCAGUAAUUUAUCAGAUUAUUUUUGAUGUUCAAACGUCGCAGGUUUGAAUGCAGAAGUGUUUUUCGACAAUGAGUGUCAGCAUCGCCGGGGUUACUAUCCAUUAUUGAAGGUUUUGUCUUCUUUUCUGAAAACUAUGAUGUUGUCAGAACUUGAAUAAGAUAACUUUUUGGAUAACUUUAUUUAUGAACAUAUAUAUUUAACCUGAGGUGCUUUUUAGCAAUGUCACGUAAAAGGGUUUGUGCUGACCCACGUGUUUUAAGCUGUGUAGGGAUGUACAUAUCAUAUGUAUGUGUGCAAAUGAGCUGGAGAAAAAAAUGGAUUAUGUACCACUAAGUAAAAUGUACUGUCGACCAAUACGAGAGGGUGAUCAAAAGUCAGAUGAAAAGAGACUUAACGCACAUACGCACAAAAAGAAACAACAUCAACAACAAAACAAAACUAACGG